GACUCUGGUUGCUAGAAUGCUCCAGUAACUCAUGUGAGCAAGAAGUUGGAAGAUUGGACGGAGAGAAGAUCAAUUCAAGAGCUUAGAAUAACUUGUACAAGCUCUUCUGGUGUUGCAGCGCUAAUAAGGGCUAGGUUGCAGUUCAUUAAGAUCGGUUAUCUUGGGUUCAGAGUAGUUUUGGCAUUGCUGGCCCUAAAUGCGCAAGGAACGUGGGGGCAAGCGCUUGAGAUGAUAAGCAUCGACUGUGGUGCUGCCCGAAAGUACACUGACCCGGGGACAACAAUUUCAUGGACCCCUGACGAUGAGUACAUUUCCGCAGGGCAGACCGUUGCGGCUGUUCCAGUAACUGAUGGAUCAUACAGUGAAUUGGGUAGUCUACGAUAUUUCCCGGAGAAACGGGAAAAGUUUUGUUACGUAGUACCCAUCAAGCCUAAUUCUACGUACAUCAUCCGAUCCUCCUAUUGGUAAGGUAACUAUGAUCAGACGAACACUCCACCAAAGUUCAACAUCGCUAUAGACUCAACAGCCCUAACUUUCGUAGACAUGAGCCAAUUUGAUGAUCAGGCACAACAAGCUGAAGUAAUUUAUCGAACGAAAGUGAGUGCUACGACUAUUUCAUAUUGUUUGUUUAAAGAUCCUACAUCUAAGGGCACACCCUUCAUAUCUUCUUUGGUAUUCAGACAAGUGCCAGAUCGAUCAUUUACCUUUCCGCGCACGCUUGAAGGGAAUUUUAUGAUUCUUUGGCAACGACGCAAUUACGGUGGUUCUGUUUGGAUAAGGUAUCCAGAUGAUGUACUCGAUCGUCUGUGGGCACCUUGGGUCGAACCUUCGCCAUUAACAACAAUAUCCACACUGACCCCGGUGUUCAUCCUGGGGGCCUUCCGCUCGUCGGUGUGGGGAUAUUCGCAAUUUUCAAUAACGUCUAAUUCAGUUGUUACCAUGACUCCAGCACCCGGGUCAAUCAAUCCUCCACUGUUGAAUGCUCUCGAAAUCUACCUUAAUCGUCCAGACGCAGUCGCUGGAACCAAUGAGCUAGACGUUGCUGCACUGGAGAAAAUCAAAGUGGCUCUUAAUUUGACUGGCUGGGGAGGAGAUCCAUGCCUUCCCGUCCCACUCUCCUGGGUAUUAUGCAGCCCCGUUACGGCCACAGCAGCUGCCAGAGUAAUUUCAGUGAGAUUGUCAAGAUACAACCUCACUGGCAUCAUACCUGUGGAAUUUGCAGAGUUAGCUGCCCUUCAAACCUUAUGGUUGGAUAAUAACAAGCUAGUUGGCAACACUCCCAAUCUUCAGAAAUUGCAACAGCUGAAGUCACUGCACCUGAACGACAAUGGUUUGAGUGGCUCCAUUCCUGAUUCCUUAAGCUUCAUUCCAACACUGGAAGAGUUAUUUCUUCAGAAUAACAACUUGACCGGGACAGUCCCUGACGCCUUGAAGAACAAGUCUGGGCUGAACUUGAACAUAAACGGAAACCCUGUAUGUGGGCCUACUUGCUCGAAUCCUGGUCCAGGACGUAAGUCGAAUGUGGGUCUCACUGCUGGAGUUGUUGGAGGAGUGGUUGGGGUUCUCGUUGUAGGGGGUAUCUUGCUCUUUCGUUUCUGCAGGAAGCGUCAAACUACCAAGGGCAUGGAACAAGAGUUGCCCAAAUCAAACUCUGAUCCAUAUAAAUCUGGAGGCAAGGGCAAGGGCAAGGGCAAGGGCGGUGUUUCGAACUUCCUCGUUCCGGAUUUGAAUGGAACAAACGGGCAAGGGGCGAAGCCAUUUUCGCACGCAGAGAUAACAGCAGCCACGUUGAAUUUCAGUAAACAGAUUGGAGCGGGAGGAUUCGGUCCAGUGUACUACGGCAAGCUUGCCAAUGGAAGAGAAGUUGCUGUCAAGGUCUCUGACAUGAGUUCUCGUCAAGGGGCAGCUGAAUUCAACAAUGAGGUGCAACUCUUAUCCAGGGUACACCACAGAAACCUUGUUUCACUACUUGGAUAUUGUCAAGAAGACGGAAAACAGAUGCUGGUAUAUGAGUAUUUGCACAAGGGCACCGUCCGUGAGCAUCUCUGGGGGUCUCCGCUGGCUACGAAGGAGCCAUUGGAUUGGAAACAACGCCUGGACGUUUCUCUGAAUGCUGCUCAAGGUCUGGAAUACCUACACACGGGGUGCAGCCCUAUCAUUAUCCAUCGCGACAUCAAGAGUAGCAAUAUUCUACUCACUGAUAAAUACGUUGCCAAAGUGGCAGACUUCGGUCUUUCAAGGUUAGGACCGGAAGAAUCAUCUGGAGCCACCCACGUCUCGACUGUGGUGAAAGGGACCGCCGGCUACUUGGAUCCAGAGUUCUGGUCCACAAACCAUCUGUCAGAGAGGAGUGACGUGUUCAGCUUUGGAGUUGUGCUGCUGGAGGUCCUCUGCGGUCGUCAGCCAAUCAACAACGGUCUACCAGACAAGAGCCAGUCGAACAUCGUCGAAUGGGUGAGAAAUUCGCUGCUAGCUGGCGACAUCGAAAGCAUCCUAGACCCCGCCGUGAGAGAUUGCCACCCCAACAUGGACAGUGUGUGGAAAGUGGCGGAACUGGCCAUCCAGUGCGUGGAGCCCCGAGGCAUCCACCGACCGUGGAUGAGGGACGUGGUGAAGGAGCUUCGUGAAGCCAUCGUAUUGGAGGACGGCGAUUCAGGAGCUUUCUCGGAGAUGGACCGGUCCAACAACACUGGGACGAGCAUUAUUCCGGCGGCGUUUAAACGUGGAAACUCGGACGAUCAUUACUUCGUCAUGGACUCUUCCUCGAACUUGGAACAGAUCAACGUGGGUCCUCAGGUCCGGUAGCUUUUACGAUAGGUAGUCCAGAUGCUUCACUGUCUCUGCGUGUGAAAAAGUGUCCUCUGAUGUUUUUUUGGAUUCCUUCUUUAGAUAGGUCCUUGCAUGUGAGGGACCCAGGUUCUCUUGCUUUUGUGGCGAUGAUCACUAUUUCGGUUAGCAAUACCUCAGACUUCCUAGUCGACACCCUGGAAACUUUAAGAAUCGCUUUAGACCUGAACUCGGGGACCUUAUUAAUUAACCCCUAUAAUAUUUUAUUUACAAAGAGAGAAGCAGCGUCUUGUUUCUUAGGAUUCCAAAUAACUCAAGCGUCCGAUACGCCGAUAACCAUUUACAACCAGGGAGAAUUUAUGAAUAGCAAGGGUUGCCCGUCGCCGUAGAGGGCGGACGAUUUGUCCACCUCUAGACCCACUAGCACCUGCGACAAAUAAUCAACUUUAAUCAAGGGAUAAUGGAUACUUAGUCAUUGAUUUUAAUCAAUA